AUGCCUCUCCAGAGAAAUAUUGAUUACAACGAACUCUCUCAGUACUUCCGGCUUCCAGAGAAAGUUGUAGCGAAACAGCUGGGGAUUUGUCUCACUUCGCUGAAGAAAGUGUGUCGCAGCCAUGGCAUCGAUCGAUGGCCCUACCGCAAGGUAUGCUGUUGUGAGAGGAUCUCAUCAUCUCACCUGAUAUGA